CUGGGAUUGAACUCAUUGGCUGCUGGCAUACGUGAUCAUUCAUUAACCGCUUAAGCCCAAGCUACAUGCAGUGACUCUCUCAACAUCAAAUGCAGACUUUAUAUUUGAUGCAAGCACAAUGCAUCUAUUGAUGGCAACCAGAAGGACUUGUAUGCAGUAAACCAAGCAAGCACAAGCCCACAGAGUUCAGGGAGGACUUGCAGCGACGUUUUGCUGGUCAGAAAAGACAAUCUGUUUUACUUCCUGGUUGCGCUGUGUUAAAGUGGCGGAGAAGGAAAAGUUGGCAAAGGAAUCGCAGGGUCAGUCAAGAUGGCGUUAGUCUGGAAGAGACUGCAGCGGGUCGGCAAGCGGGCCGCCAAGUUCAAAUUCACGGCGUCGUUCCACGAACUCAUGGUUGAAGUCACUAAGAAAUGGCAGCCAGAUAAACUGUGUAUACAUUGGACAAGAAGAGGAAGAAAAAAAUCAACUGAGCUACACCAAUGGGUGCCCGGUAUCAAAGAUCCCUACCGAGGCACCAUAGUAUGGACGGUGCCUGAAAACGUUGAGAUGACGUGCACCCUAUUCAAGGAAAACAGACCUGACGCACCUUUUGAAGACAAGGAAUGGACGUUUAUCAUAGAGGAUGAAGCUAAGAAAGGCAAGCGCCGUGCUCUCUGCCAGUUCACCAUCAACAUGAAGGAUUUUGCCAGUCUGGUUCCGGCCCAGGCGCAGAGGAAGUUCACGCUGCGGCCCAUCAGCAAGAAGUGCAUCUCGGCCACCAUGACACUCACCAUCUCCUGCAUGUUGCUACGGGAGGGAUCGGCAACUGACGAUGACAUGCAGAGUCUGGCCUCCAUACUGUCCUACCAGCAGCCGGACAUCGCCGACUUGGACGAUUUUGACGAUGAGGACGAAGACUUUGACCGAGAGCUGACGUCGGCCAAGAUCUCGGAGCUGGCCAGCCGCUACAAGUUGGAGCUGCUGAACGAGGACGAGGAAGAUCCUUUCUGUUUGUCCGAAGAGGCCUUUGCAGAGGUCGAUGAUGACCCUUUCAAGAAGUGCGGCGGCAGCCAGCGGCACAGUCAUAGUGAUGUUUCCUUCUCCAGCGACGCAGCCAACCCCUUUGACGAGGCUGACCCGGACCCGGACCUGAAUCUGACCAGCGGUCAGUCCAGAGGUCCUAGCUUCAACGCCAAGGAGCCCGUGAGCGCCCAGGGCAGCGUCAUCCCACCAAGCGUGCCUGAGGAGAACAACGUCAUGUUUGAUGAGGCGCUUGGAGAACAGGGAGACUCCGAUGAGAAUUCCCCGACGGAAGGCCACCGUUACAGGAAACGGAAAGCCCCGGCACCGCCCUCCGCCAGCCCGAAUGCCCUUGCCCAGCUGUUCCAAAGCCAAGCCGUGGGUAGCAACCAGAUGCGAGCGGAUGGCGACACCAGCCGCACCAAUGCCUUGGAGUUCAAGAAAGUCGGUGCACCGGUGAAAAGCGAAGGGGUGGUGAGGGAAGAGCAGGAGACCAGUCGACAGACCCCCGUCGUAAAGACGGUUAACCCCAACGUGCUAAGCCCAAAGAAAACCAACAAGAACACGCCCAGUCAGGAGCUCCUGGAGUGGUGUAAAGAGAACACAAAAGGCUACCAGGGAGUCCGGGUCACCAACCUGACAACGUCCUGGCGGAACGGCUUGGCGUUUUGCGCCAUCAUCCACAAGUUCCGGUCCGAUCUCCUAGAUUUUUCGUCUCUGUCCCCGCAUGACAUCAAGGAAAACAACUUAAAGGCUUUCGAGGCCGCUGCCUCCAUGGGAAUCCCCAAGCUCCUAGAUCCCAAGGACAUGGUCCUGCUGGCCGUCCCGGACAAGCUAGCCGUCAUGACCUACCUCUUCCAGAUCCGGGCCCACUUCACGGGCCAGCAGAUGGAGCUCCAGCGCAUCGGCGACACGGCCAAGAAGAGCACCUACGUGGUGGGCAAGUCCAGCACGGACACGGCGCUCAGCGCCGAGGUGUUCCAGCAAGAAGCUCUCAGCGCCCGGGAGAAGCCCACAAAAGUCCCCCGGGUCGACGACGGGGUGGACGGCACGGUGACUGUUAACGGAACGGGGGGCUCCACGCCCACGAGUGACACAGGGAGCACCACCCCGGUCAAUCAGAGUCCCAAAAAAUCGGCCAGUCGCCGGUCGUCAUCGGGUAGUAGACACUCGUCCGAAGGUGACGAUGCGAGUAACGAUAAACUCGGAGAGGCCGAGAACGGCUCUCAAAAGGAGACAGACUCAGAAGCAAUGAGAGAGGACGAGGUUAGUGAACUCAAAAGCCACUCGAGGCAGAGUAGCGUGGACUCGGACUUGUCGCCGGAAACCAGGGUGGAUGUAUCGGAAGAUGGGACGGAAGAUGAAGAGAUUAACACGACACCGCUAACGAGAGAAGAGCAGCUGAAAGUCAGAGCACGGAAGCUCUUAGACCAAGCCCGGCGAGAUGCUGCCAGUAAGCAGAGUAUCCGACGACCGGCUAAGGAGAAGGCAGACGAAAAGGAAGUGCCAAAUGAGGACGAGAACGAGCGACAGAAGGAGUUGAGAUUGCGAGCGAGGCGACUCAUCGCGGAGGCCAGACAAGGCAUCAACAAACCGGAGAUUGAAGGCAUCGAGGAGAUGUCCCAAGCUGCAAAGGACCAGCAGGAAGUGGGAGCCCGCUUCAAGUUUUAUCAGUAUGGAGACAAGAUUGAGGCACCCACGAAACGAGAGGCACCCCAGCCGCCGGUUACCAACUCGGCAGACAACCAAUCAGCAAAGAGGUUAUCGCGGGGAAGCGUGGCCAAGAAAACCUCCCUGCAAUCCUUCUCUGACCUGGUGCAGCCCCCGCCAACGAACAAAGCAAAAGAUGAGACAAUAGCAUCAACGCCUGAAUCAGAGUCUAAGCCAGAUGAUGUGGUGGAAGAGGAGGAAACGAAAGACAACGAUGUCGAAGAGGAGGCGGAACGGACUGAGGAGGCUCCGCCCACUGAGGAGAUCACUCCAACAGCAGAGGAAGAGGAGGAGUUGAUGGAUACCAAUGACUACAUCCUCGGGGAGUACGCGGUCCUGGAGAGAGAACAGAAGCAGAUCGAUGAGAGAGCGUCCACUGUGGAGAAGGCGCUCAGGAAAGCCAUGGAGAAUGGUACUGACGAUGAGGCACAGCUCAUGAAUGAGUGGUUUGAACUCGUGAACAAGAAGAAUGCCCUCAUACGCCGCGAAGAGCAGCUCAACGCUAUGGAGAAGGAACACGACUUGGAGAGGAAAUUUGAGAUGCUGAACCGGGAGCUGAGGAAGAUGAUGGAGAUCGAAGAUUGGCAGAAGACGGAAGAGGAGCGAGGACGGGAGCAGCUGCUGCUGGAAGAUCUGGUCAUUCUGGUCAACAAGAGGGACGAACUGGUCCAGCAACUGGACGCACAGGAGAGAGAGGCUGAGGAGGAGGCAGAAUAUCUGGACAACAUACUCCAGAGAAGGCGCAAACGGAAAGAGGACAAGUGCUCCAUACAGUAGCAGCAACGCAUGGGAAGUUGGCCCUGGAAGUCAGGGUACCAGUUCCCGUUGUGCAGCAAUGCAGGAAGCAGUCGCAGUCGCUCUGGGCACCAGACUCAUCUUAUGGAACAUGGAAUCUCUGUGGUGGAUUUGCCUGCUUUAGUUGACGGAGGUGUUGGCAUGAGUUGUGUGUGAAUGAGUUUGUGUUCAGCCAAAAGCAAAUGGUACAGCACACUUUGCUUCAAAAAUCACAUCACACAUUCAUAAAUACCUAAGACAGUUUACCCAUUCAUAUUGGUAAAGACCGGCUGGCUGGUCUUAAACACU